CAGGGAAUUUGAAGCCUGUCCUGUCCCAACUCGAAGCUCGAAGGCGGCAACCUGGGACCAGUGGAUGUCCAGCUCCAACUAGCAGAUUUCCAAGGAGACCAGAACUGUUGUGUGAGCCCUCCCACCCUUUGUUGUCAGACUGUCACACAUUGCCUUCACAGUGACCAGAUUGCAAGAUGCUGCGAGUCCGCAGGACCAACCUGGGCAGGCUGAGGGCCAGCCUCGCCAGAGAUCUCCACCACAAAGCCGUGAUGGCGCUGCGGCGGGAAGACGUGAACGCCUGGGAGAGGCGCGCGCCGCUGGCUCCCAAGCACAUCAAGGGCAUCACCAAUCUGGGCUACAAGGUCUUGAUUCAGCCUUCCAACCGGAGGGCCAUUCAUGACAAGGAAUAUGUCAAAGCAGGAGGCAUUCUUCAAGAGGAUAUAUCUGAAGCUUGUUUGAUUUUAGGAGUUAAAAGACCUCCAGAGGAAAAACUGAUGUCCAAGAAAACAUAUGCAUUCUUCUCCCACACAAUAAAAGCACAGGAGGCCAAUAUGAGCUUGUUGGAUAAGGUUCUAAAACAGAAUAUCCGACUUAUUGAUUAUGAGAAAAUGGUAGACCACAGAGGAAUCCGGGUAGUGGCAUUUGGACAGUGGGCAGGUGUGGCAGGGAUGAUCAAUAUUUUACAUGGAAUGGGCUUAAGGCUUCUUGCUUUGGGACAUCAUACACCUUUCAUGCAUCUGGGUAUGGCUCAUAACUACAGGAAUAGCAGUCAGGCCGUUCAAGCUGUCCGAGAUGCUGGUUAUGAGAUAUCUCUGGGUCUAAUGCCAAAGUCAAUAGGGCCCUUAACGUUUGUGUUCACAGGGACUGGUAAUGUAUCAAAGGGAGCCCAAGAAAUCUUCAAUGAGCUACCCUGUGAAUAUGUGGAGCCCCAUGAAUUAAAAGAAGUUUCCCAAACUGGAGACCUCAGAAAAGUGUAUGGAACUGUGUUAAGCCGACAUCAUCAUCUUGUCAGAAAAACAGAUGGUGUGUUUGAUCCUGUAGAGUAUGACAAACAUCCAGAGCGCUACACAAGUCGUUUUAAUACUGAUAUUGCACCCUAUACAACUUGUCUAAUAAAUGGAAUUUACUGGGAACAAAAUACCCCUCGCUUACUAACCCGCCACGAUGCUCAAAGUCUACUGGCUCCUGUCAAGUCUUCAGUUGUUACUGUUGAAGGCUGUCCCACAUUACCACACAGACUUGUGGCAAUAUGUGACAUAUCAGCAGACACAGGCGGAUCUAUAGAUUUCAUGACUGAGUGCACUACAAUAGAGCAUCCUUUCUGCAUGUAUGAUGCAGACCAGCAUAUUAUUCAUGACAGUGUUGAAGGCUCUGGGAUUUUGAUGUGUUCCAUUGACAAUUUGCCAGCACAGCUUCCUAUUGAAGCUACAGAAUACUUCGGAGACAUGCUUUACCCUUAUGUUGAAGAAAUGUUAUUGUCAGACGCGUCACAGCCUCUGGAAAGUCAGAACUUCUCUCCUGUGGUGCGAGAUGCUGUGAUUACAUCCAACGGUUUAUUAACGGAUAAAUAUAAAUAUAUCCAGAAACUCCGAGAGGACAGAGAAAAUUUUCAAUCAUUUUCGAUGAAUACCAAGAAAAAGGUGUUGGUUCUUGGAUCUGGCUAUGUAUCGGGGCCUGUACUAGAAUAUCUGUCAAGAGACAGUAAUAUAGAAAUAACAGUAGGCUCUGAUAUGGAGAAUCAAAUGAAACAGUUAAGCAAGAGAUACAGUAUUAAUCCUGUUAACAUGAACAUUGGUAAACAAGAAGAAAGGUUGAACUCCUUGGUGGCAUCGCAGGAUCUUGUCAUCAGCUUGUUGCCUUAUGUGUUGCAUCCCGUUGUGGCCAAGGCUUGCAUCAUGAACAAAGUUAACAUGAUCACCGCCAGCUACAUCACACCAGCACUGAAAGAGUUGGAAAAGAGUGUGGAGGAUGCUGGCAUCACACUCAUUGGCGAGUUGGGCUUGGACCCCGGGCUUGAUCAUAUGCUUGCAAUGGAUACCAUCGAUAAGGCCAAAGAAGUGGGAGCCACGAUUGAAUCUUAUAUUUCCUACUGUGGUGGGCUUCCAGCCCCUGAACAUUCAGACAAUCCUUUGAGGUAUAAAUUCAGCUGGAGUCCUGUGGGAGUUUUGAUGAAUGUAAUGCAGCCUGCUUGCUACCUGCUGAAUGGAAAGGUUGUGAACGUGGCAGGGGGAGUCUCCUUUCUUGAUGCAGUCACUUCCAUGGAUUACUUCCCUGGCCUGAAUUUGGAGGGUUAUCCUAACAGAGACAGUACCCGAUAUGCAGAGAUCUAUGGGAUCCCAUCUGCCCACACUUUACUGAGGGGUACACUGAGAUAUAAGGGGUACUCCAAAGCUUUGAAUGGAUUUAUAAAGUUGGGCCUGAUCAACAGAGAAAUAUAUCCUGCCCUCCGACCUGAGGCCAACCCCCUCACUUGGAAACAACUCCUAUGCGACCUAGUUGGGAUUUCACACUCUUCCUCAUGUGAUGUGCUUAAAGAUGCUGUCCUCACAAAACUGAGAGGGGACCAUACCCAGCUGGAGGCUGCAGAAUGGUUGGGCUUACUUGGGGACGAUCAAGUCCCUCAAGCAGAGACAAUUGUGGAUGCACUCUCCAAACACUUGGCCUCAAAGCUCUCCUAUGGCCCUGAAGAAAAAGAUAUGAUUGUGAUGAGAGACAGUUUUGGAAUCAGACAUCCUUCCGGACAUUUAGAGAACAAAACUAUUGAUCUUGUGGUUUAUGGAGAUUUCAAUGGAUUUUCGGCGAUGGCUAAAACUGUGGGAUUCCCCACUGCUAUGGCAGCCAAAAUGCUUCUUGAUGGUGAAAUUGAAGCUAAAGGCCUAAUGGGACCUUUUACAAAGGAGAUUUAUGGGCCAAUAUUAGAGCGGAUUAAAGCAGAAGGAAUUAUGUACACAACACAGAGCACACUCAAGCUAUAAUUUUGUUUUUAAUCAUCACAGGCAAAACAGAUCUCAAGAUUUGGUGACCAACAUGCUGACUAAUAUGCUGUUUUUAAUAGCAUGAAGCAUGUCCGAUUUUGAUUGUUUCAAUAAAAUGGUGGUUUUGAAUAUAAAUCUCUUUUAAUUUGAAAAUGUUCGGAAUAGGAGAGACCAGUCAUUAUGGGAGAACUUUAAUGAUUUGCCAUAUAUUACCAUGAAUGUAAAAUAAUAAUGAUCAUAUUUUGUUAACUUAUUGUGUCUCUUUUAUAAAAUAUAUUUUCCUAUAAUCAACAAAUGUAGUUUCACUGUUUUAGAAGAUUCUCAUAUAAGUUUAUUUUUGUAUUUUUCAAAUUGAUUCUGUUAGAUAUCUUUAAAUUACUUAUGUAUAAAUCUAUACAAACUACUAUGUUAUGCUUUUUGUAAGAUUAUGAUUUAUCUAGUAAAUUUAUCACUUGCAUUAUUUUCUCUUGAGUGUUUUGGAAAAAGAAAUUAAUGAGACUGUCAUAAUCCAUAUAUCCAUUCAUUAAGAACACAAAAAGUAUUUAACCAAGUCCAACACCCUUUCACAUAAAAACACUCAACAAACAAAAAGUAAAUUAACAUUCUCAAUUUGAUUUAAAAAAAUCUAUGAAAAAUCCACAACUUGUAUAAUAUUUAAUAUUAAACAAUGAAUGAUUCCCCUGUAACAUCAUAAAUGAGACAAAGAUAAUUGCUUUUGCCACUACAAUUCAACCUGAACUAGAUCAUUGAGCCAGGGAAAUUAAACAAGAAAUAAUAAAACAUAUCUUGAAUAGGAAGGAAGAAGUAAAACUCCCUGUAUAUGGCCCAAUUUUAGACAUAGAAUUCUAAAGCACAACCAAAGAAAAUACAAAUUAAUAUACUUAAAAUAUAAUAAAGCAUUAGAAUUAAUAAAUUUUUGGCAAAGUUGUAAAUAUAAGAGUAAUAUACAGAACUGGAUUAUGUCUAUAAAGUAUCAAUGAGUGAAGAAAAACAUAGAAAUAGAAUUGAAAGUCUAGAAGUGGUGCUCAGUUGGCUACUGAAACAAGUGCUAAGAUAAUUCAGUGAAGGGAAAUUAUUUUGUCAUCACAUGGUGAUUAGAAACUCAGACACCCACAUAAAAAUAAUGAAGUUAGACCUCUUCUAUAAACCAUGGGUAAAAAUGAACUAAACAUGUACUUAUGAACUAAAUAGAAGAGCUGAUCCUGUUACAAUUUUAGAAAAAACAUAGGUGUAACUAUUCAUGAACUUGAAGUAGGCAAAUGAUAUUUUAAAUAAUUCCCAAAACAAUCAAAAAAAGAAAAUUGAACAGAGUGAAAAUUAAGGACUUGUGAUUUCAUAGGCCUACACAAACAAUGAAAACAACAACAAAAGCAAGCAACAACCAAAAAAACAUAGAAUGAGAGAAAAUUUUUGUAAAUAAUAAAUCAGUAGGAAUAUGUAACUAGAAUAAAGAACUGAUAUACCUUGACAAUGAAAGGACAGAUAAUUUUUAAAGCCAAAAGAUUUAACUUGACAAGCUCUCCAAAGAAGACAUAUAAAAGACUAUGAAGCACAUGAAGUAUUCCUAUCAUCAAUUAUCAUCAGGAAAUCAGAUCAAAUCAACAAUGGAAUGCCACUUUUUACCUAGCAAAAUGGCUAUAAUCAAGGUAAUACCAAGGAUUGGUGAGGAUACAAAGAUGUUGGAACUUUCAAGAAGUUAGGAUAGAUAACCAGGAACAAAGGGAACAUCACCAUAAACAUUUGAACAAAGUUCCAAGUAGCAGAGCUGAGAAGUUUCAUUGUCAGUUUCUGUAUCUUGUGGCCUGCUUAGAGAGUGUCAUACCUGAGAGAUAGAUUAGAAGUUCCUAUUAAUUAGGUAAUAACAAAUCUCAAUUCUUAUGUUUUCCUUACAAC